AUGAUCUCUGUCCGUCUAGCGACGGGAACACUCGUUACGGUGUCGAAGGUCUCUAUAGACCUUAAUGUGAAGUUCUUAGAUUUUGACAGCGUUGAACGCUGCUUGGUCUUGGCCCUGGAUGGGAGGUAUGACCUCAUCCUUGGCAUGGCGUGGCUUGAGAGCCACGAGCCCUGGAUCGACUGGAAGUCGAAAACGUUAGGCGCUACGCGCUCGUCUCCUAGUGGAGCAUUGGCGAGUCAUGAACCCACCUCUGCUAAGAGACAGAAGCGCUAUUGGCGCGGGCACAAGGCCGAGUCGGCCAUGGUGCUGGACAUUGGAAUGUCUGAAAUGGUAAGCAACGAAGUUGCAGUCGGUUGUGAGGGUGCGCAAGUCGUAGCGCCCCCUCUGUUGGGCGGUGUUAGUAGGAUCGUUGACCCACCGCUGUGUCCUGUGAACAACUGUGGAGCGGCACGGAAACCGCAGAACGGUGUUAGUAGGGUCGAUGGCCCACCGCUGAGUGUCUUGUAUGACACUGUUCGCUCUCUGAGGAGUGCAGGUGUGUUGCCACCUAGGCCAAGCGACGGUGGUAAUGUCGCCAGACCAUCUUCGUCCAGUCGUGCGCGGGCGAGGAGAGAGAGGAGGAGGAGACGCCGAGCGUCCAUGGCGUCUAUGACGUCGGACGAGACGUCCAGCGUGUCGAGCGAUCUGGACGAGAUGUCCGUCGCCGAGCUUGGCAAAGCCUUAACGGCCGGUGACCUCGCCGAGGUGGUCAUGAUACGACCCGAGGAGGAGUUGAACUCCUCGUCCGCCGUGGACGAAGCUGUCCUUGAGGACACGAAACGGGCGCUUAGCAAGAGAAGUGGAUCAGCGAUCCUUAAGGAUCCAUCGGAUCCGUUCUAUCCUUUGAUUAAGGAAUACCACGACGUGGUGUCAAAGGACCCGCCGGCGGGUCUGCCUCCUGAUCGAGGCGGAGCAAUGUGA